CCUUCCUUGUGGUUCUCGCAUUAGUUGCAAUGGCCUCGGCCAGACCAACAUUUGAGUUAUCCUCAAAAGUAGAAAACAGAAAUAUUGAUUUGGUAGCAAUUGGAAAGGAAAUCGAUACCCUAGUUAGCACUAUUGGAAGUCUCCUUGGAUCCGGAAAAAGAAACAUUGAUUUGGCAGCUAUUGGAAAGGAAAUAGAUACUCUAGUUGGCACCAUUGGAACUAUCCUUGGUGGAAAAAGAAAUAUUGAUUUGUCAGCUAUUGGAAAGGAAAUUGAUACUCUAGUUAGCACCAUUGGAACUCUCCUUGGUGGAAAACGAAAUAUUGAUUUGGCAGCUAUUGGAAAGGAAAUCGAUACCCUAGUUGGUACCAUUGGAACUAUCCUUGGUGGAAAAAGAAAUAUUGAUUUGGCAGCUAUUGGAAAGGAAAUCGAUACCCUAGUUGGUACCAUUGGAACUAUCCUUGGUGGAAAAAGAAAUAUUGAUUUGGCAGCCAUUGGAAAAGAAAUCGACACACUUGUUGGAACACUUGGAACUCUCCUUGGUGGAAAAAGAAACGCAGAAGAUUUCCUCACAACUGUUCAACAAAUCAUCACAACUGUCGCUGGUGCCCUUGGAUCAGGAAAGAGAAACCUUGACCUGGUUGCCCUUGGAAAAGAUAUUGACGUUCUUGUAAACCAAAUUGGAACUCUCCUAGGUGGUAAACGAAACGCUGAGUCAUUUCUAACGACCGUUCAAAGUACAAUCCAAGCUAUCGCCGCAGCUCUUGGCUCAGGAAAGAGAAACAUUGACUUAGCUGCCAUUGGCAAAGAAAUUGACCAACUUAUCAACCAAGUUGGAACACUUCUUGGAGGAAAGAGAAACGCCGAAUCAUUUCUUACAACAGUUCAAAGUGCCAUCCAAGCAAUAGCCGCAGCUCUUGGCUCAGGAAAGAGAAACGCUGAAGAUUUCCUCACAACAGUUCAAAACAUCAUCACCACUGUCGCUGGUGCGCUUGGAUCAGGAAAGAGAAACCUUGACUUGGUUGCCCUUGGAAAAGAUAUUGACGUUCUUGUAGACCAAAUUUCAGCCAUUUUCGGAGGAAAAAGAAACGCUGAAGAUUUCCUUACCACAGUUCAAAAUGUCAUCCAGGUUGUAGCCGGAGCUCUUGGAUCAGGAAAGAGAAACAUUGACUUAGUUGCCAUUGGCAAAGAAAUUGACGCCCUUAUCAACCAAGUUGGAACACUUCUUGGAGGAAAGAGAAACGCCGAAUCAUUUCUAACAACAGUUCAAAGUGCCAUCCAAGCAAUAGCCGCAGUUCUUGGCUCAGGAAAGAGAAACGCUGAAGAUUUCCUCACAACUGUUCAAAACAUCAUCACCACUGUCGCUGGUGCGCUUGGAUCAGGAAAGAGAAACCUUGACUUGGUUGCCCUUGGAAAAGAUAUUGACGUUCUUGUAGACCAAAUUUCAGCCAUUUUCGGAGGAAAAAGAAACGCUGAAGAUUUCCUUACCACAGUUCAAAAUGUCAUCCAGGUUGUAGCCGGAGCUCUUGGAUCAGGAAAGAGAAACAUUGACUUAGCUGCCAUUGGCAAAGAAAUUGACCAACUUAUCAACCAAGUUGGAACACUUCUUGGAGGAAAGAGAAAUGCCGAAACAUUUCUAACAACCGUUCAAAGUGCCAUCCAAGCAAUAGCCGCAGCUCUUGGCUCAGGAAAGAGAAAUGCUGAAGAUUUCCUCACAACUGUUCAAAACAUCAUCACCACUGUCGCUGGUGCGCUUGGAUCAGGAAAGAGAAACCUUGACUUGGUUGCCCUUGGAAAAGAUAUUGACGUUCUUGUAGACCAAAUUUCAGCCAUUUUCGGAGGAAAAAGAAACGCUGAAGAUUUCCUUACCACAGUUCAAAAUGUCAUCCAGGUUGUAGCCGGAGCUCUUGGAUCAGGAAAGAGAAACAUUGACUUAGCUGCCAUUGGCAAAGAAAUUGAUCAACUUAUCAACCAAGUUGGAACACUUCUUGGAGGAAAGAGAAACAUUGACUUAGCUGCCAUUGGCAAAGAAAUUGACCAACUUAUCAACCAAGUUGGAACACUUCUUGGAGGAAAGAGAAACAUUGACUUAGCUGCCAUUGGCAAAGAAAUUGACCAACUUAUCAACCAAGUUGGAACACUUCUUGGAGGAAAGAGAAACGUUCAAUCAAUUGUUGGAUCCAUCAUUUCUUAAAGACUAUUUAAAUAAAAAAAAUGUCUUUAAAUUGUUCCUGAAUGACUUUUUAUUUUUUUAAUGACCUUCAAUGAUUGAGGAAAACUGCUCCAUAAUUUAGGCUUAAUAGCUUCAAAGUGCAGACCCGAUAUGACUUCGUCUGUGUCCUUUAGUUGC